UAAAAGUAAAUUAAAUUUGAAAGUUCAGUCCACACCAAACUUUUAAAACAAAUCAAUUUAAUUUAAUUAUUUCGUUACCAUAAUUUAAAAAAGGACUUUAAACAGGGACAAAAGGUUAUCAAUAGCGCUCUGAAUUUCCUGAUCGUUCUCUCUGUAAUUAUCAUUUUUCAUAUGAAGUGCAGUAGAAUGACUGUAAAGGACUUCGACGCCUUUGUGAUCUACAAUCCUGUGGGGACCGAUCUGGAGUUUGUUAAAUUAAUGGCGUCCGUAAUGGAAGCUCCCCCCUACAAUCUUAAACUCUUUAUCCCCUGGAGGGAUUACGUUCAUGAAGACCACUACGUGUCGGCGGAUCUCAUUGAAAACAAGUGCCAAAAGUGUAUUGUUGUACUGUCGAAUAAUUUCGCUGGAAGUCAAUCCGCCGAGUUUCAGCUGAAAUAUGCUACGUCCCUCUCUCCAGCAAAUCUACAUAAUCGCGUGAUUCCCAUUUGCCUGGAAAGAUGCAAGAUUCCCGAGGCCUUACGAUAUAUGUGCACUCUUCAAUACUACAAAGAGGAUACCAGGCCAUGGUUCUGGAAACGUCUUAACAAGGCAUUCACGAUCAACACAGGGACGGAUCUAACACAAGGAUUAAAAGAGGGCGCUAAUCUCCCUGAUAUUAUUUUGGACACAUCUGCCCAUAUAUUCAAACGCCAAUGGACUCUGACAUAAUAAUAUUAAUUGGAAAAUUCAAAACAAAAUGCGUUUUACAUUUGGUUGUUUUAACUUGUAACUUG